UUUUUUUUUUUUUGCAGCGGUCGCUUAUUUUCCGCCACUGAGGAAUGUAGGGAGUUAGCUUCGCCUGAUUAGCUAAACUGCCAAUUUUCUACAUUUUAACGGUCGCAACUGCUCUCAGGUGCUGAAGAUGAGUUAUCCAGGUUAUCCCCCACAGGCAGGCGGCUACCCACCCCAGGCAGGCGGCUACCCACCACAGGCAGGCGGCUACCCACCACAGGCCGGGGGCUACCCACCACAGCCAGGGGCAUAUCCUCCCCAAUCAGGUGGCUACCCUCCAGCAGCCGGUGGUUACCCUCCAGCAGCCGGUGGCUACCCUCCAGCAGCCGGUGGCUACCCUCCAGCAGCAGGUGGCUACCCCCCACAAGCAGGCGGAUACCCACCUCAGGCUGGUGGUUACCCUCCUGCAGCAGGCGGUUACCCUCCAGCAGCAGGGGGCUUCCCUCCCCAGGCUGGUGGCUACCCUGGCCCAGCUGGAGGCUUCCCUCCUCAGGCUGGUGGAUACCCACCUCAGCCUGCUGCAGGAGGCUAUCCUUCUAUGCCUCCAGCAGGCGGAGGCUGGGGUGCAGCACCAGGUGGCACGCCAGGAGGAGCUCAGCAGGGAUUCCCAGGGGGCCCUGCCCCAGGCCAACCCAUGCCAAAUUACCCCGGAGCCCCUGCCACUAACCCCUCGAUGCCUGCCUAUGGAGGUGGAGUUCCAUCCAACCCCCAGGCACCAGCCAUUCCUCAAGGGUACAGGGGCUCCAUUAAAGAUUUUCCAGGGGCCGAUCCACUGAAGGAUGUUGAAGUUCUCCGAAAAGCCAUGAAGGGUUUUGGCACUGAUGAAAAUGCUAUUAUUGAACUUCUGGGAAGUCGCACUAACAAGCAGAGGGUUCCAAUGGUCGCUGCUUACAAAACUACCUAUGGGAAGGAUUUAAACCACGAUCUGAAGUCUGAGCUCACUGGAAGCUUUGAGAAACUGGUUCUUGCCAUGUUGAGGAGUCCAGCGCACUUUGAUGCAUCUGAGCUCAGAGAAGCAAUAAAGGGUGCAGGAACUGAUGAAGCUUGUCUGAUUGAGAUUUUAUCAUCACGUUCCAAUGCAGAGAUUCAGCAGAUCAACACAAUCUACAAAGCUGAGUAUGGGAAGAAGUUGGAAGACGCUAUCAGCAACGACACCUCUGGUCACUUCCGCAGACUUCUGAUCUCUCUUUGUCAGGGAAAUCGAGAUGAAAGGGAGGCUGUUGACAUCGCUUUGGCCAAACAGGAUGCUCAGAAACUAUACGCUGCCGGUGAGAAUAAAGUGGGAACUGAUGAGUCUCAGUUUAAUGCCAUCCUGUGUGCUCGCAGCAAGCCCCACCUUCGGGCAGUCUUCCACGAGUACCAGCAGAUGUGUGGAAGAGACAUUGAGAAGAGUAUUUGCAGGGAAAUGUCUGGAAAUGUGGAGUCUGGCAUGGUGGCUGUGGUGAAAUGCAUCAAAAACACCCCAGCCUACUUUGCAGAAAGGCUCAACAAGGCCAUGAAGGGAGCAGGGACCAAGGACACAACCCUGAUUCGGAUCAUGGUGUCCCGCUCUGAGGUUGAUAUGUUGGACAUCAGACGGGAGUAUGUGAAGACUUACGGAAAGUCACUGUACACUGACAUCUCUGGAGAUACUUCUGGGGAUUACAAGAAGCUGUUGUUGAAGCUGUGUGGCGGCAGUGACUAGACAGAGAGGAAGAUGACCUCCUAUUAGGACAUUGUAUACGUCCACAAUAAAACAAUAUUACCUUAUAUCGCCUUUGUUGCAUGCACCUAAAAUCAGUUUUCAGAUGACUUUAGUGUAUCAAUGCUAAUUUUGUAUUUUCUUAAGUGAUAUGAUUUCUGCAACAGCAGUAGAUGCUCUAGAUCAGGGACAAAUCAGAUUGUAAAGUUAACUUUUAAAUUUUAAUUAAUUUCCUGUAGUAAUAAUUUAGUAAAUCUGUUCCAGUAGAUUAUUUAAAAUUAAUUGCAAACUCCAA